UUAAAAAGUCAUAACAUAACCCGAAGUCGCCAUGAAGAUCCGGUCGGUGAAGCUAAGGGAGGCUCACGCCAACAAGGGCGGCCGCCCUUCCUUCUGCUCCGUCCUGUGGGACCAGCAGGCUCGCCACCUCGUCACCGCUGCCUCCUCCGACAUCUGCGUCGCCCUCCACGACCCCCUCCUUCCCUCCUCCACUCCCCUCAGGACCCUCCGCCACCACCGUGACGGUGUCACCGCCCUCGCUCUUAGCCCCAAUUCCACUUGCCUCGCUUCCGGAUCCAUCGAUCAUUCCGUCAAGCUCUACAAAUUUCCCGCUGGAGAGUUCGAGACUAAUAUCACCAGGUUUACUCUUCCAAUUCGUUCCUUAGCAUUCAACAAAUCUGGGAGCAUGUUGGCAGCUGCUGGUGACGACGAAGGAAUCAAGCUCAUAAACACAAUUGAUGGCACCAUAGCUAGAGUCCUCAAAGGCCACAAAGGUUCUGUUACUGGCUUAGCUUUUGACCCCAAUGGCGAGUACUUAGCAUCCUUGGACUCGUCUGGAACCGUUAUUUUCUGGGAGCUUCACUCUGGGAGAAUCCUUCAUAACCUCAAAAGCAUUGCUCCUGAUAACGGUUUAGAUGUUUCGACUAUGAAUGUUCUCAGCUGGAGCCCUGAUGGUGAGAUGUUGGCUGUUCCAGGGUUGCGAAAUGAUGUGGUGAUAUAUGAUAGGGACACUGCUGAAAAGUUGUUUUCUUUGAGAGGGGAUCACGCACAACCUAUUUGUUACUUGGGUUGGUCGCCCAAUGGAAAAUACAUGGCUACAGCUAGUUUAGACAAGCAGGUUCUUAUAUGGGAUGUUGAUAGGAAGCAAGAUAUUGAUAGACAAAAAUUUGAUGAGAGGAUAUGUUGCAUGGCUUGGAAGCCAAUUGGGAAUGCCUUGGCUGUUAUUGAUGUUAUGGGGAAGUAUGGUAUCUGGGAAUCUGUUAUCCCUUCAUCUAUGAAGUCUCCCACUGAAGAUAUACCUGAGAACAAGAAAAGUAACGGGCUUCUUUUCUUUGAAGAGGAUGAUGAAGAAGUAAAUAGUGCAGGCGGAAGCUUGAGUGAUCUUGGUGAAAAUAGUAAUGACGAGUCUGAGCCACCUAGCAGGAAAAGAUUGCGAAAACAGUCACUGAGUGAGGAGAAUUUGGAUAUUGAUGGUAUUGGUGGUGAUGAGAUUGAUUUGUUUCCCAAGGUUGAAUCUCAUAAGAAACGAAACCGCUCUCAAAAGGAAAAAUUGGAUGAUGUGAAUGUGGGUUAUAGAAGCACAGUUGCUACAUCUAAAUCAAAGAUGCAGGAGGCAUUUCAACCGGGAUCCACUCCUGUGCAGCCGGGAAAGAGGCGCUUCUUGUGCUACAACAUGCUUGGAAGCGUAACCACUGUUGAACAUGAUGGAUACUCCCAUAUUGAGAUUGAUUUUCAUGAUACUGGAAGUGCUCCACGAAUUCCAUCAAUGACUGAUCAUUUUGGAUUUACCAUGGCUGCUUUGAAUGAGAGUGGAAGCGUCUUUGCAAAUCCUUGCAAGGGGGAGAACAACAUGAGUACUCUCAUGUAUCGCCCAUUUAGUAGCUGGGCAAAUAAUAGUGAGUGGUCCAUGCGCUUUGAAGGGGAAGAAGUGAAGGUGGUUGCACUUGGUGAUGCUUGGGUGGCUGCAGUAACUAGUUUUAACUAUCUUCGCAUCUUUACUGAGGGUGGUUUGCAGGUUUGUCACACAUUCCUAGAUAAUUUAAAUUCUUUUUCAUGUUCAGUAACUGAAGACUGGAGGCAUGAUACGCACUCAAUGUAAAAGGAAUUAUGGAUUUAAAAGGGUAGACAAAUAACAAAGAAAUCAUAGUUGUUGGUAGUUACGCUCCAGCAUUUGCUUAGUUUUGAAACGUUUUCACUGCAGAGGCAUGUUAUUUCAAUAGAUGGGCCAGUGGUUACUGCAUCAGGUUUCAGGGAUAAGCUUGCAGUUGUUACCCAUGCCUCUGCUUGCCUUCCCUCCAAUGAUCAGGUGCUAGAAUUAAGAGUAUUUAAUCUACUUCAGGGGACCCAGCUUCUUCGGGGUCGAUUGCCAAUAACUCCUGGUUCUUCUCUAAGUUGGUUUGGGUUUAGUGAAGAAGGUCAAUUGAGUUCCUAUGAUUCCAAGGGUGUGCUAAGAUUAUACACAAGCCAAUUUGGUGGUAGCUGGCUCCCGCUCUUCAGUGCUGCUAAGGAGAAGAUUGAUGAAAACUAUUGGGUUGUGGGGUUGAAUACAAGCAAGUUAUAUUGCGUAACAUGCAAAAAGCCUGAAACCUUCCCACAGGUGUUGCCAAAGCCAAUCUUCAAUGUACUAAAUCUUUCAUUUCCUCUUGCUUCCUCUGAUUUGGGAUCUGAAGCCCUUGAAAAUGAGUUCAUAUUGAACAACAUGCAUCUGUUUGAGAUUCAGAAAAGAAUAGAAGAAAUGGCUAGUGCUGGCUUGGAUACUAAUUCACUUGAUGAUGAAGCCUUCAAUUAUGAAGCAGCACAAGAUAGAUGUAUCCUUAGGCUUAUAGCAUCCUGCUGUUACGGUGAUAAACUUGUGCGUGCGACUGAACUUGUAAAGCUUUUGACACUGGAAAAAUCAAUGAAUGGCGCAAUAAAACAAAGGCUACUCAAUGAGAUGAAGAACACUACAGAAACAAAACCCUUUGAAAACCAUGUUGUGCCCGUCACAGCUGAUGCUUCCUUUAGCAGAAGCAAGAUGCCAAUUCAAACUGAAGCCUCCAAAACAGUAACUAUGUCAUUAUCACCACCAGGAUUAUCCGCUCCAUCAUUCACCAAGAUAGACAAAACACAAGUAGCAAAUACACGUGAAAACGCAAUGUUAAAGGAAACUGUGAAGGCGAAGCAUGUAGAAGAUGAAACAAGUAACAAAGCAGUGAAAGUGGAUGCUCCUUCUCGUUCUCAUUCACAUGACCAAUCUAUAAGGCAGUCAAAUAACAAGUCAGAGGCCAGUUUGGUGAAACCAACUCGGCCUUCUAAUCCAUUUUUGAAGUCUUCUGUUAAGUAGAGAAAUUCAUCUUUUACUUUAAUGAAUGAUAAACAAUGAAGAGGGUUCAGGUAGUUUAUGGUUGACAAAGUUAUUACAAAAGCAUAAAGUGGCAGAGAAGAUUCAAAAUCCUGUGUACAUUACGCAGAAAUCUUAGUGUAAUUAUUGUUUGAAUUCAUAAUUCUUUAGGACUCUUAGAUUGCAUGCAUAGCCUCGUUCAGCACCUGGAAUAUAGUUACAUUUUCAAGUUGAAAGCAUUUAUAUCCUCUUUUUCUUUUUUUGAAACUAGGGUGUUCAGUAUUCACCGUCAAAACUAAUAAUCAUCGAAGGAUAAAGCUCCAUUUUAGGUCAGUGCUGGCCACAAGGUUUUUCUUUCCAUGCUCAAUGUUGUGAUUUGAAAGAUUACCAUUUUGU